CCCGAGUUCUCCGCCUAGCGCUCUUAGUUCCUCGUUUUCGUCAGUUCCCGCGGUAGCCAUUCUGAAUGUGCAGCCAUGCGUUCGCUCAGUGGGUUCAUGUUGGUUCUGGGGACGGCCACGGCGGGCCUUUAUCUGCUGUCGGUACGGCUACCCGGAGAACCGCGCGCGGGGAGCGGAUCGUUAAAGUUCCCUUCAGACCUACAGGAGCUGCAAGAGCUUACAGAAUUUCUACGAUACUAUAACAGAGAACACCAUACCUAUGUGCUGCUGCUGUUCUGCAGUGCCUACCUGUACAAGCAGUGCUUUGCCAUCCCUGGCUCCAGCUUUCUGAACAUCCUUGCUGGGGCUCUCUUUGGACCAUGGACGGGACUCCUGUUGUGUUCUGCCUUGACUUCUGUGGGUGCCACUUGUUGCUAUGGGCUGUCCAACGUGUUUGGGAAAAAAUUUGUCCUCUACUAUUUUCCUGAUAAAGUAGCCAUGCUUCAAAGGAAGGUGGAAGAGAACAGAAGUUCCUUAUUUUUUUUCUUGUUGUUCCUGAGGUUAUUUCCCAUGACCCCGAAUUGGUUUCUGAAUCUCACAUCGCCAAUCCUGAACAUCCCUGUGACUCAGUUCUUCUUCUCAGUUCUCAUAGGCCUCAUCCCGUAUAACUUCAUCUGUGUCCAGACAGGUUCGAUCCUUUCGCAGAUCACCUCCCUAGAUGCCAUUUUCUCCUGGAGUACUUUACUCAAGAUGCUGGCUAUAGCCCUGGUAGCAUUAAUUCCUGGGACUUGUAUUAAGAAAUUCAGCCAGAACCAUCUGAACAUGGACAAAACUAACCAGUGUGUUCACCUACUCAAUGGGAAGAAGACUAUCUAAAUAGAUUGGGACCAGAUAUUAUGGAAAUUAUUUAUGGGAAAGGUGCAAUUCAAACAGCUCUUUUUAAAACCAAGUCUCUAAAACCCAUAUCACUGGCUCAGGCAUCUCAGCUUGAUAAUAUAGAGAGCAAGCUCAGUCUGUUCUUACUGUUUUAAAAAGAACUGAGACUUGCAUGUCUCAUUUUUAAAUGGUGCUUGUGACUGUUGCCGUGUAUUCAGUGACUAGAGAAGUGUCAGUGGGACCGGGUUUCUUGUGCCAUCAAGUUUUGCUACUACCCACUUGAAUCAUUCUGAAGUUGUAGGGGAAUUCUAAAUGCUAGCACAGUAAGCUUGAUCUUGCACCUUAAGGCUGCUUUCUACAGGGAGAGAUAUUUAGAAACAGGUGCCAUGUUGAGCUGCCCUAUAUGCUGGUUGUCACAGCACAUUCUGUAUCACAAGGUAGUUGACUGGCUUAAUUGCCAUACUGAGGGCUGAGGGAGUGCAUUGGAGUCCUCCCUCUGCCUAUUUGGGAAUCCCAAAGAAGGGGGCCAGAUAUCAGCGUAGGCAGAGGGGACUUGCAGGAUGGCCGUAUCCCUUGCUUUUCUCUGUAUGCUUAUGGUAGCAGUAAUGUCCUCUGAGCAGCAUCAAUAACAUGCUUAUUGUAAAGGGGGUGGGGCAGUUGCUGCCAGAGUCAUCGUCUUAAUGCUGGAUUGUUUUUGUUGAUGCUAGAUGCUAUUAAAGAUGAGAGGUAUGUGGUAGCACUGCCUCUACAUCCUCUUCUGGCUGUAGUUGGAAGAAAGUCUCCUCCUUUCUUUAGGAUUCUCAAAUAGUGGGAGAGGAAAUUAUAAUAUCACUAGGAGGCUAAUGGGUGGUGGCUCUGGGAUACUGCCUGGAAGGAUUCGAGCUGUAUGACUUACGAGGUCACCCUCUUUCAUCAUUUCUCUGUGGCAAUGUAACUGCCUAGGAAACUCAUUUGACAAUGUUGUUGGUGGCCAAAGGGAAGAAAUUCAGCCAGAAGCAUCUGAACAUGAACUGUGUGGAAGGUUUUACUGGUCUCUGCAAAAUCAGUUUCUCUGUUUAUGCUGAAGGGAACUCAAAUCCUUGUACUUAAGUUUUAUAUUCCUUGAAGAAGUUAAUAGUGGAGCUGAGAAUUUAUGCUGCUGCUGCAGCAGUGAAAUAAUCUACUGCUUUAGAGGUGGAAAUACUUUGAAUAAGACUAUCAUUUCUUUCCCUAUGCUCUUAACAGAGCAGAACAUCUGAACUUGGUACCUCAGAUCAAGCUCUUUCCUCAGUCAUAGUUAGCAGUGGUCAACACACAGUGUUAUCUCCCCAAAAUCCUGCUGUAACUGGAUGUUCCUGUAUGACAAUAGCCUAGCUCUCAUUAAGGUGAUAUAACUUGUACCCAUGCCCUUACCCCCACUUCAGGAUGCAGGUGAGGGGUCAUGCAUCGGUACCUACAGCCCACAAAAGAAAUCCUAUGUGCUAGAUGUCAGUAAAAAGGCUAUGCUAGAACACCUUUUCCUGCCAUCUGAAGUGAUAUGAUCCAGAUGUUGGUUUACCACCUCCCUGAGAACUAAUCCAACAUCAUAGGAGCUCCAGUGUAGGUUGUCAAGUUCCCUCUGGUUAACUAAUUAAUUCCUCUUCCCUAGAACAUGUGGCUGCUUUGGAAUAAAGCUCUUUACUACCCUCCAGCCAAGUGAUGGAGUUAUGUUAAACUUGUCAAUGAUAAGCAUCUCAGGAUGUUAAUUGCUGGGCCCAUGUAUGUACUGUCAACCAAGAAGAGAGACUAGUCUGACAGUUCGAUUGAGGUAUUUUGGUAUGAGAAAUGGAAAACUGCCUGUGGCAUGAAUUAAUUUGAGCAGCAAUUAUGUCCUAAUGAAGUGCCUUACCAACUCUGUGUGUUUCUAUGGGAAUUGUAUUUUUACCAGAUAAAGAUUGUGAAAAUGUU